GAGAGCCACCCGUACAGCAAAGGAACUGAACGAGCACGAGCGUCUGAAAGUGCCUCCGGUUGGGAUUAAGUUGAGAAUGUAAAGAGAAUGUAAAGGACGCCACUGAGAGCAGAAGUGUGCGCGGAUUGUGGGCUGUCCGAAAUGUCCCACGAAACAGGCACAAGAUUUGUCGCCGGUCAUUAAAAUCGCCUUGGUCACUCGUAAUUAUUUUGGUUUGUCAAGUUAGUGUGUUUCCUUCCUUGACGCUCAAUUUGAUCCGCCAUUCCGUGUUGCUCUAAUUGCGCAUUUGGACAUGUGGAGACUGCGAGGAACGUGUCGUUUAGGGAUGUUGUGUUUGACUUUAUCAGCGCUUCUCAUCCAACCCAUCAGCUGUCAUCCCGCUUCACGUGUGGAAACAGAGCAUCGCGGGAGCUCAGCCACUCGGAGAGAGCGGAGGACGUCUGGGGAACCCUAUUGGGCGUAUUCAGGCACCUACGGACCACGGAGAUGGGCCUCCGUUUAUCCAGAAUGUGGGGAAAGGAAUCAGUCUCCAGUGGACAUCCUAGAUCAAGACACCCGAGUCUCUCAGGAGUGCCAGGAGCUCACCUUGAAUGGCUUUGAAACCAAGUCAUCAAACAGGACUACCAUGAAGAACACGGGCAAAACAGUGUCUAUAGUUCUGAGGAAUGAUUAUUUUGUGAGAGGGGCCGGCCUACCUGGACGCUUCAAAGCAGAGAAGGUGGAGUUUCACUGGGGCAGCACCAAUGGGUCGGCUGGUUCUGAACACAGUAUCAAUGGAAAGAAGUUUCCAGUAGAGAUGCAGAUUUAUUUCUACAAUUCAGAUGACUUUGACAGUCUGAGCACUGCGAUAAAGGAGAGACGAAUCAUCGCCGCCAUGGCUGUCUUCUUUCAGGUGUCGAAGAAAGACAACAUUGCAGCUGAGCCCAUCAUCUCAGGUCUUAAACGAGUGGUCCAUCACGAGAAGGAAACAAACCUUGGUUCGUUCAUACUGAAGGAUCUACUGCCAUCAUCCUUGGGAAGUUAUUACCGCUACACUGGCUCGCUCACUACACCUCCCUGCAGUAAGUUCGUGGAGUGGAUCAUCUUCAGUCGGCCUGUUCACCUGUCCUACCACCAGCUAGAGGCGUUCUACUCCAUCUUCACCACAGAGCAGCAGGAUCAUGUGAAGUCCGUGGAUUACCUGAGGAAUAACCAUCGGCCCACUCAAGACCUCGACAGCCGUCACAUCUUCAAAUCAGCUCUGAUGGAUGCUUGGAUGCCCGACGUCAUGACAGACAGCAUGGCCAGUGCUGCAGACACAGAAUCCUCACGAGUUUGCAGCAGCAUCCCUGACAACAUGAAGGUUCAUCCACUGAACAGAACUGCACUUGUGUUGACCUGGGACAGACCGUCAGCUGUCUACCACCCGCCUAUACUGGACUUCCUUGUCUCCUACAGCUGGGUUAAGGAUGAAAUGCCUUUUGAGAAGACCUUCACGCAGAGCAGUGAACACAGCACGAGGGCAGUCAUCGCACUUGUGUCUCCAGAUGUCCUGUAUCUCUUCAGAGUGCAAGCUGUAUGUCAAAGAGAUCAGCGCAGUGAUUUCAGCCAAACACUUUUAUUCAAAGCAAACACCACAAGGAUAUUUGAGGGGACAAGGAUUGUGAAAACCGGAAUGCCUACGUUGUCCCCCGCCUCUUCGGCAGACAUGGCCCCUAUAAGCUCAGGCUCCUCUACCUGGACGUCCGCCGGCCUGCCCUUUUCAUUUGUCUCCAUGGCAACGGGAAUGGGGCCCCCAUCCAGCGGAGGACAAGCCACUGUAGCAUCUGUGGUGACCAGCACUCUGUUGGCAGGACUGGGCUUCAGUGGCAGUGUGAUUUCUUCCCUCCCAGGAUCAUUUUGGCCAACCCACUCUACAAACUCAGGCCCCACGCCCACUCAGCAUCCAUCCACUGCUGAAAGCACCCCGUCUGAGAGCAACGUCCUCAUCUCGGAGGACAGCACUGAAGCUAACAACAAACAGGAAGAAGACAGUGAAAGAGAGGAGAAGGAGGAAAAAGAGGAAGAGGAGGAGGAAGAGGAACAGGAAGAAGAGGAGAAGAAAAAAAGGGGGAAAGAUGCGACAGUCAAGGACAAAAAGCAGGCCAAGACGCUGCCCCAAAAACCAACUGCCCCCAUCCCAACUUCGAAACACAGGGAGCGGGAAGGGGAGAGGGCGGAUGCUUACACUGAGAACUCUACAUCGGCCCCUAGAAUAGUGGAAGAGCAGGGACCCCGUUCCACUGAGAGGCCUUCUGGAGAGGGUUCAUCAAAACCAACAUGGCUGGAGGGUAAUGACACUGCAGACAUGCAGCUUCCCUCAGGCUCGACUGAGAACACCAAAUUCACCAAUGAGGAGAAGGCGCACUGGCCAUACUACAUUCACACUGAGAGGAACAGCAUCUCCACUGUCACCCGAGACCCGGUGUCAUCCUCCAGCCGGAUGGAGUGGAUCAUCCCCCUGAUGGUGGUCUCUGCCCUCACUCUGCUCUGUCUGAUCAUGCUGCUGGCUGUCCUGGUCUACUGGAGGAUGACUAGCAUCUGCUCAUUGCUCUGCUUAAAGUACAGGAGAUUCUUCCAGACUGCACAUUUCUAUAUUGACGACAGGAACUCCCCCAGAGUGAUCCGCGAUGACAGUUUUCCCAUCAUAUCUACAGCGGAUGACCUGGAGGCUGUGCCAGUCAGGCAGUUCAUCAAACACAUCAUGGAGCUGUACUCCAACAACCAGCAUGGCUUUUCUCAGGAGUUCGAUGAGGUUCAACACUGCACGUCUGAAAUGAAGAUUACAGCAGAGCAUUCAAAUCACCCAGACAACAAGCACAAAAACAGAUACAUCAACAUUGUCGCCUAUGAUCACAGCAGAGUGAAGUUGCAGCAACUGUCUGGGAAAGACUCAAGGCACAGUGACUACAUCAAUGCCAACUAUGUGGACGGUUAUAACAGAUCGAGGGCUUAUAUAGCCGCUCAGGGCCCUCUGAAGUCCACAUUUGAAGACUUUUGGAGAAUGAUUUGGGAACAGAACACCACUGCGAUUGUCAUGAUCACUAACUUGGUGGAGAAAGGCAGGAGGAAAUGUGAUCAGUACUGGCCGUCAGAGAACUGCGAGGUUUAUGGGAGCAUAAUGGUGACUCUGAAGAGUACUAAAGUGCAUGCUUACUACACACUCCGGCAUUUCAUCAUACGUAACACUAAACUGAAAAAGGGUCAGAAGGGGAGGCAGAAUGAGCGGCUGGUGGUCCAGUACCAUUACACGCAGUGGCCAGACAUGGGCGUACCUGAGUAUGCACUUCCAGUCCUCAAAUUCAUCUCUCGAUCUACAGUGGCACGCACGCCGGGCACAGGCCCCGUUCUAGUUCACUGCAGUGCUGGAGUGGGCAGAACAGGCACAUACAUAGUCAUAGACAGCAUGCUGCAGCAGAUAAAGGACAAAGGCACAGUCAACGUCCUGGGAUACCUCAAGCACAUUCGAGCUCAGCGCAACUACUUGGUCCAGACUGAGGAGCAGUUUAUCUUUAUCCAUGAUGCAAUAAUGGAAGCUGUGCUUAGUAAAGAGACUGAGGUUCCUGCUUGGCAACUCCAUAAUUAUGUUAACAGCAUUCUCACCCCGAGCCCAAUGGGACAAACGCGCAUGGACAAACAGUUUAAGUUGUUGACGCAAUGCAAUUCUCACCUCACGGAGUGUUUCAGUGCCCAGAAGGACUGCAACAAAGAGAAGAACCGCACCUCAACGGUCUUGCCAACGGAGCGGGCACGGGUGGCACUAGCUCCCCUCCCAGGGGUAAAGGGAACAGACUACAUCAACGCCUCCUACAUUAUGGGCUAUUACAGGAGCAAUGAGUUUGUCAUUACCCAGCAUCCUCUUCCCCACACGACCACAGACUUCUGGAGGAUGAUCUGGGAUCAUAACGCUCAAGUUAUUGUGAUGUUGCCAGACAACCUCGGCCUCACUGAGGAUGAAUUUGUGUACUGGCCCAGCAGAGAGGAGCCCAUGAACUGCGUAGCCUUUACUGUCACCCUCAUUAAUACUGACAGACUCUGUUUAUCUAAUGAGGAACAACUCGUCAUCCAUGACUUCAUCCUGGAAGCCACACAGGACGACUAUGUGCUAGAAGUCCGACAUUUCCAAUGUCCAAAUUGGCCAGAUCCUGAUGCAUCCAUCAGCAGCACAUUUGAGCUUAUAAACAUCAUCAAAGAAGAGGCCAUGACGAGGGACGGUCCCACCAUUGUGCAUGAUGAGUUCGGGGCAGUUUCUGCCGGGAUGUUCUGUGCUCUGACCACACUCUCCCAGCAGCUGGAGAACGAGAGUGCUGUGGAUGUCUAUCAAGUGGCCAAAAUGAUUAACCUAAUGAGGCCUGGUGUCUUCACUGAAAUUGAGCACUAUCACUACCUUUACAAGGCUAUGCUCAGCCUGGUUAGCAGUAAAGACUUCAGACUUGGCUUCAGCUACAUGGAUGCUGGGAUAGUGGUAACGGAUGAAUCCAACCAGGCUGAGAGCAUGGAGUCCUUGGUGUGAUGUUUCCAGAAAAUGAAAUGGAACAAAGUAGUUCCUUGAACUUUCCAUGAGGCCUUUUUCCCCAGACUCUUGGUGAAAUGAAAAGAAAAAACAACAACAAAAAAGAGCUUUUAUAUACUGAUAAAAAUAAAUUCUUUUGAUAUUUAUUUUUGCUGCUUUUUGUUAUCCUGCUGAGCGCCACAAACUGCUCUCCAAAACACGUGCACACAGACACACACACCGUCUACUUUGCACUACACUGUCAGUGUUACAACUUGAUGCCUAGCUGAUUAUUGAUAAUUGUGUUGAAACCGUUUCCGAGUAUCACUUUGUUCUUGACGAUAAAGUCUUCAGACAUUUGAGGGUGAUCAGUGACAGCACAUUAACACACACAUCAGCCUCAUACCCAUGAAAACUGUACACAGAAAAGCUCCAACUUAAUGCUCAUCAUGAUGCGACUUUUAACCGUCAAGCAUUGUGACUUGUUAGAUUAAUAUGUUCUUUUUUUUAUUUAUUAAGAUAUGCCAUUUUAUGUCUAACUUAUAUACAUUAUUUCAGUGUGGUAUCAUAACAGCAACUGUGAACAUAUAUUGUUAUCAGUAGCAUUUCUAUGGUUUUGUAAUAUAUAAAGAUAUUGAUCAAAAAAUCUCA